UAGACACUCUUUGGUUUCACUUUCACCUGCUCUUUGUCUUGAUACUCUUUGGCUUCUAAGGAUUCCACUUUGUGUGAAAUUGAAGACCAAAAAUGCUAGGGAACUGUGACAACAACAACAACAUCAUCUCUUCCACCACUAACCAAUGGCCACAGAAUCAGAUAAUAGUGGAUGAUCACAAAACCUUGAUGGCUUCAUCAUCAGCUAAUAAAGUCAUGGCCGCCGCCGCCGACAAGCCUAAUCCAGGUGAUCAUCACCCCCACCCUCCUCUCAAGUGCCCUCGCUGCGAUUCCUCCAACACCAAAUUCUGUUACUACAACAACUACAGCUUGUCUCAGCCUCGCCACUUCUGCAAAGCCUGCAAGCGCUACUGGACCAGAGGCGGCACCCUCCGCAACGUCCCCGUUGGUGGCGGCUGCCGCAAGAACAAGCGCCCCAAGCGCCAUUCCUCCUCGUCCUCGUCCUCUGCCACCACCUCCUCCACCUCCCAGCCCCAGAUAGAUCUGCCUCCACCUCCUUCCAACCAUAUCCAAAACCCUUUGUUUUACGGCCUUAACCCUAAUCCACUCGAGCUCAACUUCCCCUUUUCCUCUUUUAGGGUUUCACCGCAGAUCAACAGCCUCGGCUUAGGGUUUUCACCCGAACCUCCCACCAACGGCUUCAAGCCCAUCCAAAACAACUCUAUCUUCUUUGGGCCUUCCUCAACAAUGGCGUCUUUGAUCCAAUAUGACGACCCGGGUAUAAUGGAUAAGCAAAUGAAAGCGGAAGGAGAGAAUAGAAUGAUUUGGAAUCCAAACCCCAACCAGAAUCCCAACCUAAACACAAACCCUAUCGAUCUGAUUAACUCUUCUGAUCCUUCUUCUCUAGUUUGGAACACAAGCAGCUUGGGAGCUUGGUUCGACCCUUCAACCAUCGGCUCCUCCUCCGUUCCAUCUCUCAUCUAGAACCUUCCAUUCUUCUUCUUUAUUUUCUUAAAUUCCGCUAUUGAUGAAGAAGGAGGGUAUUAGGAUCGGAGCGAUCAUGUCAGCAGCAAGAAAAUUCAGCCUGCUUUAUUUUUUUACAUGGAAGAAGGCUAUAUUGCGCUGAGAGGAACCUCGGAUCCUCUUCUUCUUGUCGGAAAAAGGUUUCUUGUUCCAACACAUUGUUAUCACUUUGAUUUGAUGGGAUUAUGAAUAGGUAAACCUUAAUUUAUAUAUGUAUAUAUAUUAUCGUGACAUUGGUUUUCUUCCUUUUUAUUGGUGUAUUUGUUUAGCUUGUGUAUCAGGUUUUUGGAAUUGGGGUUUACUUUGGAUUAAUACAUUUACAUGUUGAUGAAGCAAUUGGAAAAUUGUUUGUAUUUCUUCAAGAAUUUGUUGAUUUUCGGUUUUGGGGAACUGGUAUACAAGAGACAGAGAGAGAUUAAUAUUGUUGUUGUUUCAAUAUAUAUGUAUCUGCAUUCUGUUAAUUCACACAAUAAUCCUUCUUUUUUCCUGGUAA